AAUCCACUUCUACCUGUUGUCUCCUUGCAGAUUGUAGCUGGAAUCAAGUAUAUCAUGGAAGUUGAGAUUGCCCGGACAACCUGCACAAAGUCAGCACCUGAAAUCCAGAGCUGUGCUUUCCAUGAGGCACCAGGGCUGGCUAAGCGUGUCACUUGCAACUUUGUAGUGUACUCUAUUCCUUGGCUAAACCAAACUAGACUGCUGAAAAACAGCUGCCAGGAAGUCUGACUUGGUUCCAGCAGAGACCAGCAACUUGUUACUCAGAUUUAAAAAAGAAAGCAAUAACCUGAAUUGAGAUGGACUGUGUCUGUCCCUGUUAACUCAAACAGUUAUGUAUGCUUGUGCUAUGCAAGUUAAACUAUGUAACCUUCCUUUAAAGCAGAGUAUGAUCUC